CCUCUUAGACCUAAGAACCUACACAUCGCUUAUGAGUUGUUUUUACUUAAGUUGAUUUGAGUACCCUUUAACCCUAUCUCAGCACUGCCAAAGAUAAGUCCUUUUAACUUCGGCGAGGAGUCCAUGAGCUACGGCGAGUUUGUGAAUGUACAAUGCACCAUUUCGGGUGGGGAUCUGCCCGUCAACAUAACCUGGACCUUGAACAAUAAGCCCUUCGAGGACUACCUUGAAAUCUUGACCACCAAGCGCGGCAAACGCAUCAAUGAGUUGACAAUCGAGGCGGUAUCGGCCAAACAUGCUGGCAACUAUUCCUGCAUUGCCGAAAAUAGGGCUGGAGUCGCUAACCACACGGCCGAGCUGAAAGUCAAUGGUUAAUAGUCUUGAAAUGUGUUAAUUAACCUUUCAUUUUUUCUUUCGUUUUUACCUCCCUAACCCCCCAACUAAAUACCACAAAAAGUGGCUCCGAAAAUUGCCCCAUUCGAUUUCGGAGAUGAGCCCUCAAACUUUGGGGAAUCGGCUAGUGUUCAGUGUCUGGUUACCUCGGGCGACUUCCCGGUUAGCUUUGCGUGGCUCUUCAACGGACGUGAGAUCAAUGACAACGUAUACGAUGUAUCCAUGGUCAAGCUGGGAAAAAAGAUCAGCGCGUUGUCCAUUGACAUUGUCCGGGAUCACCACGCUGGCAAUUAUACGUGUGUGGCAGUCAACCGUGCCACAUCCGUUAACUUU